AUGCCGCUGGUGGAGGUGUUUGCCCGGGAGGAGGAUAUGCCCAAGAUCAAGGCGGCUGAGUUGUGCCACUUCCUUCAGGAUCACUUUGCAGUGGAGCCCGGCGUGGGGAGCCAUGAGGGCACUGAAUGUACCACAGAAACGACGAACACGACGAGUGGCGAGACAGAAGGUUCUGCCAUCCGAAUACGGCAUGUGUACUUGAGCAUCCGCGCCAAGGGCACUCCGCCUCGCCGAGAGAAGGUUGCGGACCUGCUGGCAGGGAUUGGAAGGUACUUGGACUCGAAGGGCCUGGGCCGUGGGAAGAUUCGCAUCGAACUCUUUGAGCCAUCGCAGCAAGCGGCCGGGGAACCCUGGGGGAAGCGGCCGAAGCGAGAGUCUUGA